AUGGAGUCCUCUGGUGCUCAUAAUCAUUUGCCUCCUCGUAAGCGUCUGCUUGCUGAACUGAGGAAGGAGAAUUCUGAAUUCAAUUUUAUGCCGCCUGUUCCUAUUGUUUGGGGUGAUUUUGAUGCCCGGCUUCGUGAUGUUGUCAAUUCCCCAGGAUCGACUCCAGAAAAGAUCAUCGAGGUGUCCAAGUCAGUAGCUUUGGCUGCAUUUGAAAUUGCUGUGGCAGCUAGAAACAAUGCAAUUGAGAAAGCAGCUGCAGCUACAAAGGCAAAAGCUGAUGCCAAGAAUGCAUUGUUAUUUCUGGACUUCAUUACGAUGAAGAGAAAUUCUAGAAAAAUCUGUGCAAACCAGAACAAAGUGAGUAAGAAACAGAUCCCAAUAAAACUCCUCUAUCAGACUAGCCAUCCUGCUGGGAGCCAUGAAACAGAUGAAGAACUAGCUAAGAAACUGCAUCGCACAAUGAAUAGUUUGCCUACAAUCUCAAAUAAUAAGUAA